CUUGACAACUUUGUUCAACUUCUACACUCGUUCAAAAUCUUACGGUGACGUUGAAAAACGUGUGAAUCAGGCAUCCGGGUCCUACUUUUCCUUUGCAUAAUCCAAGUACUAGCAUUCACUUGAAUAAAAGCAGCAUCCUUGAUUGAAAAUCUGCCACACCAUCAUGAGAUUGUUUAUUUCGAUAUUGUUUGCCCUCCAGUUGAUUUUUUUCGUUCAUGCUGAUGCCACCACAACCACCAACACCUUGGUGUGGGCCACUGGUACCAUCUCGGGAAAACUUACAACGUAUCAAUCCAUCUACCGCCAAAAAUUCACCCUGAUGUACGAGGAAGUGUCGUCGCCGGUGUCGGGAUCCAUGGGGUUGGGAUCACUUUCUGGGCAGGUGGGACAGAUCAGAACAUACGAUCAGACCACCAUCACGGCCACCAACGGGGCCAGCCCUGGACGUAGCCAUCCAUCCAUCUUGGCAGUUUCAGGUAGUACCCAAGGCUUAAUUUUUUUACCUCUCUUGGCAGGUGCUUUCCUCUUGUGUAUGUGAGCUUCAAGCAUCUACAUCUACACCCUAUUCAUCAAGACACAAGACAUAAUAGCAUGAACCAGUUAAUAGCAUAGAUUACCUAUAUACAGAAAUCAUUGACUGAACCAAAUGGUGUGAAAUUGUAGGUUCGGGUGCGUUAUUUAACUGCAGCUUCCGCGCGGAACCCGAUAGAUCGGCGCAGCUUGACACAAU